AUGGAAAGAAACAUAUGGAUCAAAGCCCAGAUCCGGCAGCUGGAGGAUGUUCUCGCUGGUCUUAGAACCCGGCUUUCAAUGAUGAACGCAAGACAGUCAAACAACGAUGCCGAGUUCUGGAGGGUCUGGGGCAGAGAGAGAGAGGACUAUAAGAAUUCCCCGGAAGGAAUGCGUCUCUUGAGCAAUUACAACAGCGACACUGCGAGAUUCCGCGCCGAUCAGCUGGAUUUGGAAAGCAAGAUUGAUGAUAUACAGUACCAAAUCCGGCUUGAAUUGAACUUCUUGGACUACUUUGGGAGUCAAGGGGAGGUUUAA